GGAUUCAGUCUUUACCACAGCCAUGUGAGGUAGAAGCUAUCAUUACCUUCCUUUCACGGGAAAGAUCACAGCUAUGAUCUGAACCCCAGAGGGAGGGAGCCCACCAGCCCACCCCAGGCCUGCACCCGCCGGCCAUCCGGGGAGGCUUCCUGGCGUAGGUGCUCGGCCUCAGCUGGAUUCUGAUGUGGACGCCGCAAGUGGAGCUGCGAGGGGCAAAGCUUGUUCUCCGAUCCUCACUGUACCCUUGGGUGGGUCGCGCUGCAUUGUCGCCGCCAGCCCACGAGAUGCUCUCCAGAGCUGCCUGGAGCUUGGUGCUGAGGAGAGGACCUGGAAUUCGGGGGAAACACAGCCCAGGAGGUGCCGCUGAUGGCCAGGGCAAGAUGCCCCCCUAUACCAACUACUAUGCCCAGCGCUCUUACCCCAUGCCGGAUGAGCCCUUCUGCACGGAACUCAGCGCUGAGCAGCGUGCCCUGAAGGAGAAGGAGAAGGGAAGCUGGACCCAGCUGAGCCAUGCUGAGAAAGUGGCCUUGUACCGGAUCCGGUUCCACGAGACCUUCGCAGAGAUGAACCGGCGCUCCCAAGAGUGGAAGACAGUAAUGGGCUGUGUCUUCUUUUUCAUUGGAACAACGGCUCUGCUGAUUUGGUGGCAGCGGGUCUAUGUGUUCCCACAGAAGCCCAUCACCCUUACGGACGAGUGGAAGGCCCGGCAGCUCCAGCGCAUCCUGGACAUGAAGGGCAACCCGGUGCAGGGCCUGGCCUCGCGCUGGGACUACGAGAGGAAGGAGUGGAAGAAGUGAGGCCCUUGCUCCUGCUGCCGCCCCUGCUCCUGUGCCACCACCAGCCUGGGGCCUCCGGGCUCCCUCCUCGCCCUCCCUCCCCUCUGCUUCAAUAAAGCUGGCUGUGCCCUUCUGCCUUUA